UGGGGAGAGGCACGUGAGAAGGAGAUGGCGUGAGGCAAGCAUGGCGGGAGGAAUGAAAGUGGCGGUCUCGCCGGCAGUUGGUCCCGCGUCCUGGGGCUGGGGGGCCGGGGUCAGUGGGACAGUGCUGCUGCUCUUGGUCUUCUCCGGCUGCUUGGUCUGUGGCUCAGAUGAAGUUGAUGUCAAUGUGAUCAUGCUUAAGGAAUCUCGAGUUUGCCAUAUGACUACCAGCGAACAAUUCUGUUACACAAAUGUGCUUCCCCCAAAAUGGCAUGAUGUGUGGACACGGAUACAGAUCCGGGUAAAUAGUUCCAAAUUGGUUCGAGUCAUCCAGGUGGAGAAUGAGGCGAAACUGAAGGAGCUAGAGCAGUUUAGUAUCUGGAACUUUUUUUCCUCCUUUUUAAAAGAGAAAUUGAAUGACACCUAUGUUAACGUGGGUCUAUACAGCACAAAAACCUGCCUCAAAGUUGAGAUUAUAGAGGACACCAAGUACAGUGUCAUUGUGAUCCGGAGAUUUGACCCCAGACUCUUCUUUAUUUUCCUCCUUGGACUUAUGCUAUUUUUUUGUGGAGACUUACUGAGCAGAAGUCAAAUUUUCUACUAUUCCACUGGAAUGAGUGUGGGAAUUGUGGCCUCUCUACUAAUCAUCAUUUUUAUACUCUCUAAGUUUAUGCCCAAGAAAAGUCCCAUUUACGUCAUCCUGGUGGGAGGCUGGUCUUUUUCUCUGUACCUCAUUCAACUAGUUUUUAAAAAUUUACAAGAGAUCUGGAGGUGUUACUGGCAGUAUCUUUUAAGUUACGUCCUCACAGUUGGAUUCAUGAGCUUUGCGGUGUGUUACAAGUAUGGACCCUUGGAGAAUGAACGAAGUAUCAACCUGCUGACCUGGACCUUACAGCUGAUGGGUCUAUGUUUCAUGUAUUCUGGCAUCCAGAUACCACACAUUGCCCUUGGCGUUAUUGUCAUUGCUCUCUGUACUAAGAACCUGGAGUACCCCAUUCAGUGGCUGUACAUCACCUACAGAAAGAUGUGUAAGGCAACAGAAAAGCCUGUCCCCCCUCGUCUCCUGACAGAAGAAGAAUAUCGAAUACAAGGAGAGGUAGAAACCCGAAAGGCUUUAGAGGAGCUCCGAGAAUUUUGUAAUAGUCCAGAUUGCUCUGCUUGGAAGACCGUUUCUCGAAUCCAGUCUCCAAAAAGAUUUGCUGAUUUUGUGGAAGGCUCUUCACACCUCACACCAAAUGAAGUUUCUGUUCAUGAGCAGGAGUAUGGACUGGGGAGCAUUAUUGCUGAAGAUGAACUCUAUGAGGAAGUGUCCUCUGAGGAGGAGGACCCGUCUUCUCAGUACCCUACUGUCGUACAGAACAACUUCCUGACUUAGUGGUGG